UAACUAAUUAUCUCAUAAAAAUAAGGUGUAGGAGCAACAAUUUAGAAGUUUUGAGGACCAAAGUGCUUAUAGAAAUCAAUUAAAGAGGUCAAAUCAUAAUUUUAGCUUUAAAAAAAAAAAACCUUUGUUGUUUGAUUCCUCUCCAUUUUCCAUCACCUCAAAUCAAUCUUUGCUACAUUUUCAUGGCAAUAUUAAUGUACAUAUCCCCCUCAUAUUCACCACCAAUCCUUCAAAACCCAUCAAUCACCAAAACCCAUUUUCCCUUUUCCCCAAUUCACAACCCCAAAUCAAAAAUUUGCCCUAAAAGAAAACAGUUUCUUGUUUUUGCAGCAGAAAAUGGGGGCAAUAAUACUGAAGAAAAUCAAGAAAAUGGGUUGAAGAACAAUGGUUCUAGCAACGGAAAUGGAAGUAAUAAUGGUGAUGGUGGAGGAAAGCCCAGAUUGAAUUUAAGAUGGAUGGAUCUUUUGUUGGAUCCGGACCCGGAUAAUAUUGUGGCAGUUGGGUUAACGGGUCUGUUGACAUGGGCUAGUGUAAGUAUAUUGUGGCAGUUGUUUGUGAUUGCACUGGCUAUUCUUCUUGCUGCUCUUAAGUACUCUUUUGUUGCUGCUCUUCUCAUUUUCAUACUCAUUACUCUGCUUUAGCUAUUUUUGGGUAAUUCCCAUUUUUGUGCACUAAAAUUUUAGUGUAAAGUUAGUAUUUUUAUUUUGUUUAGCUUGAACUCUCAGAAGUGAAUUGAAACUUGGUUAUAUGCUAAAGUUCCUUCUUUUAUCAUCCUCUUGUUUUUGUGUUUGUUAUUUUUAUCUUUUUUGGACUGCUUUGGACUGUUUUUCUUUGAGUCUGAGGUGUAUUGGAAACAAGGUCUGCCUACACUCUAUCCGUGCCAGACAGACAUCACUUUGUGGGACUACAA